GUGAUCACGUGGCUCCCGCGUGCAGAUGCACCUCUUUCCCAUUCUUGAAAGUUGUAGCGUAUUUCUUCCGCAACAGGUAUCGAUCGAAACACGCUCGUGACUCGAAUACCCAAUCACCGUUAAACAAGUCAUCAUCUUCGAAAUGAAGCAAUCCCCUACUUUACGGACCAUUAAACAAAAUUACAACAAACCAAUCACAGCCGUCCGAUCUGCAUAAUCACAAAAUUUGCAAUAAACGCAAAAAACGUGCGAGCACGCUGAAAAGCUCUGAAGAAGACAAUCAGAAAUUUCCAAAGUUGUUCUAAUCAGCUCAAAACGCACCGGAUUGAAUCUGCGCAAUUUUUGAGUUUUGAGAAUUUGAGAGAAAAUGGAGGACGAUAAGAAGAAGAAGAGGAACAAGAAGAAGAAGAACAAGCAGAGCAAAGCUACGGAAGGUGCGGGAGGAGCUGGCGAUCUCGAUUCUGGAGAACCAGCUUCGUGUUUGGAUGAUAAUCAUGGGAGCAAUGGGCAAGAUGAUCAUGUUGAUGGUCAUGUUCAAGUUUCUGAUGCUCACGAUGGCAGUGAUGUGCAAAAUUUGAACGUUGAUCUCAACGGACAUUUGCACAAUGGCACAUCCGUUUCAGUGGAAGCUGAGAAACAACAGAGGCUCCGAAGGGAGGCUACUUUGGAAGAGAGAAUUAAGCAAUUACAAAGUGAAAAUGAUUUGCAUAUAAAGAAAGAGGUUUCCUUGCAAGAGACUGUCAAAGAAUUACAAAAUGAAAACAAAUCGCUCAUAAAAAAAGAGGCUAGCUUAGAAGAGACAAUCAAACAAUUACAAUAUGAUAAUAAUUCAUACAUACAGAAAGAGGCUGGUCAAGAAAUGAUAAUUGUACAACUACAGAAUGAAAAAAAUUCUUUGCUUAAUAAAGAGGCAGGGUGGGAGGAGAAAAUCAACCAGUUACUAGACGAGAAAGCAAAUUUGAGUUCAAAAGGGGCGGGGUUGGAGGAGAAAAUCAACCAGUUACUAAAUGAGAAAGAAAAUUUGAGUUCGAAAGGGGCAGGGUUGGAGGAGAAAAUCAGUCAGUUACUAGAUGAGAGAGCAAGUUUGAGCUCGAAAGGGGCAAGUUUAGAGGAAAAAGUCAAACACUUGGAGAGAGAAAAAGAGUUUUGGAUUUCAAACGAGAAUUCAAGCAAAGAAAUGAUUGCAAAUCUGAAUGGUGAUGUCACUAAACUACAGGCACAGGUAAUGAAGGUAGAAGAAUUCAGGAACAAUCUCCUGCAAGAAAAUCAAAGACUGAUGGAAAUCAUAUCUGGUCUGCAAUCACAAAUCCAAAAUCUUGAGAGCAGUAUGUCCUCUACCAGCACAUCAGAUGAACUCAAAAAGAUCGCUUCUGAAAACAAGGACUUGAACUCUCAGAUGGAAGCAGCAUGUGCACUGGUUGAUAAACUUAUCACAGAAAAUGCAGAACUUGUUGAGAAGGUGAAUGAGUUGUAUGUUGAGCUUGAUCGACGAAGUCCAACAGCUGGUCUUCCUUCAGCCACUGUGUCUGAUCAGAUGGUUGAAAUUGCUGAAACUGCCAGAUUCGAUGAUUUCUUGUUGGAGUCCAAUGAGAAUUUGUCUGUAAAAGGCAAAAAGUUGGAGUCAGGUGAAAUUGUUCCGAUUCAGGUUGAGACUAUUGGCGGUGAUACUGAUAAUGUGGAUGUUGAGCAAGCUCCAUUAAUUCUCAGCUCCUUCGCAUCUGAAGAGCCUGGAGAAAUUGUGCAAAUUUCAUUGGAUGAGAAUGAAAUUCGGGAUUUAGGGAUACAGGCUGCUAAUAAUGAUGAAAACACUGUCGUAGAGUUUUCAGAUGCUCCCCUGAUUGGCGCUCCAUUUCGGUUAAUAUCAUUUGUUGCGAAAUAUGUUAGUGGUGCUGACUUGAUCGACAAAAACUCUAGUCAUUAGCAAUCUAUCUUAACAUUAGCUUAGAUUUGACCAUACUGUUCUUUUAUACAAGAAAGAAACAGUUUUUAUUUAUAUAUCAAAGAUGGGCCGAAUUUGGCCAAUUCUUUAAUA